GGGUAACCACGCCUUAUAAUCAUCAGUGUAACUUGCGUUGUCUGUCCCCACUCAGCUCAUUCUGCAUUUGCUGAGCCUGAAGAAAGCUGGUCCUAAGAACUAGUCCACAGCGCAACAUGGACGUCGAUCAAAUAUUUACGCAGUUGGACAAGAGCGGUGACGGCACCAUUGACUCAUCUGAGAUCGCCACCUUGCUAGAAAUGAUCCAAUUAAAACCAUCAGAGAAAUUUGUGGAGCGAGUGAAAAAUAAGUGUGACGCCAAUUCUGAUGGGAAGGUGACAAAAGACGAAGCAGCCGAUAUCGCUGCGGUGUUUCAAGAGAUGUCUGAUCUCACAAUGCUGUUCGUGGAGUUUGACGAGGAUUUCAGUCAGAAGAUGUCGUUUGAGGAGAUGCGAAAGAGGGCCAGUACCUUUUACACCGACAACGCUGACAAGUAUGGUGGAGGGAAGGCCAUGGAGAUCAUGAACCACUGGGCCGGGGACAAAGACAAGGAGAUGACCCUAGAGGAGUUCCUCGAGAUCAUGUUUGAAGAUAGGCUCUAAACAUGAGACCAAAGUGGCUCCAUGGAGAGGCUUA